AUGGCUCCUGGGAACGUCUGGCUGACUCUGGCUGACAGCUUCCUUGACGCCGUGGUCACAGCGGGCGUGGGGGCGGCGUGUAUUCUUGGAAGCGGGUCUUGGGCCUUGGGCCUUGCCAGUUACAAGUUGCCCCCCAUCGACAUGCUGGGCAAGGUCUGCCGCGCUCUCGCCCCCAGCAAGGGGCUCCUCGUCGAGGCUUUUGAGGCAUUGUUGAGCACCUCCGAGCAGUCCUCACGACUAUCCGAGCGACAUAAUCGCCAUCGGCAGGAGUGCCCACCGGAAGGAGUCAGAAGAUCGGCAGAAACGCAGACGUUCUCCGGCAAUAACUACCCGGGAAGUUUUGAGCACUUGCUGGCACGGAUUCUUGGGCUACCAGUUUUACAACCUAGUACUUAG